GGGCUGCGGUAGACGGGACCGGGGCUUGGCCAGCCGCCUCAACCAGAGGAGGCCACCCGAGGAAGCUUCCUCCCCGCGCGGGGGAACUGCUCGGAGUUGGCCGACUCUCCGACUCUCCCCCCACCCUCAUGUCCCUGCCGGUGGUACUGCCGGGCUCCUGCUGUCCCAUGGCGCGGCUCUCGGCCGUCUCUGAGGUGGCCAGACCUUGCUCAGCGGGGGCAGCUGUGGCGGCUACCGCCGCCUCAAACCCGCCGCCUUUGCCGCCUCCUCGCCGGCUCCGUUGGUCCAGCUCCGGCUUCCGGCAGUCCCGGCCUUUGCCAGCCUCCCUGACUCCCGUGGCUUCACGUCUGAACGGGGCCUCGUCCGUUGUCGGCCAGAGCCCGCUGCCGGCCAAACCGCUGUUGUCCCUGGGGCUGCUGCAGUUGGUUUUGGGGUGCAGCAUGGUGGCCCUAAGCUUUGGGGCGCUCUCCCUCAGCAACUCCCCGCAGGUGAAGAACUCCUGUCCCUUCUGGGCCGGCUCCUCGGUCAUUUUAUCAGGGAUUAUAGGAUUAACAAUAUGGAAGAGACCCAUGAUACUUUUGGUUAACUUAUUUGUUUUGCUUUCUGUAAUUUGUGUUCUCUUAAACCUGGCGGGCUUUAUCCUUGGAUGCCAAGGUGCUCAAUUUGUGUCCAGCGUCCCUAGGUGUGAUCUGGUAGAUGCUGCUGAAAAUAAAAUUUGUUUCUGCUGUGAAGAAUUUAUGGCAGCAAAAUGCACUGAGAAAGCAAAUGCAUUGCAAUUGUAUGCAAACCAGUCAUGCAGUUCAGUUCACCUUCUACUCAAAAAAGUUCUCUUUGCUCUCUGUACUCUGAAUGCCUUGACAACCACUGUUUGUUUGGUGGCUGCUGCCCUACGUUACCUGCAGAUAUUUGCAACUAGAAGAUCCUGCAGAGAAGAAUUGCAAGUUUAUACAGAGGAAGUUGAAGAAGAUGGCCAGGCUUCUUCUGAUCCUGACGAUUUUGUGCCACCAGCCCCACCUCCAUCAUAUUUUGAUACCUUCUAUUCUUCGACACCACGAGGCAGUCGCAGGAUGCUGGGUUCUGAUGUCAUUCCAUUACCACACAUUUAUGGAGCCCGAAUUAAAGGCGUUGAAGUUUUCUGCCCUCUUGAUCCCCCACCUCCUUACGAAGCUGUGAUGAGCCAGAUAAGACAUGAGCAGGAAGAUGCAUCCAAUACAGCUGUUGCAGAAGUUGUAAAUGACCCACCUGAACAAAAUGACAUACAGGUACCACAAGGUGAUGAAAAUUCUCUUAAUUCUUCGAGUAGAGAGACCACCUUGUCUCCAGAUGCCAGCUUAGUACCUGUGGGGACUUCUCAGCUAUUCAAAAAACGAUCAAAAAGUGAUCCUGUUCUUCAUGGUUUUCCAUCCAGAGGUCUAGUGCUAAGUUGCGAAGCUGCUACUCAAACAGACCGAAAACCACAACUGGCUACUGUCAUUUUACGAAAAACUCUGAGAGCAAAGGCUGCACGUUCAAGGCCUCAGUCUUUAAUAGACUAUAAAUCAUAUAUAGAUACUAAGCUUCUGGUAGCCAAAUUCUUGGAGCAGUCCUCCUGCAACAUGACGCCUGACAUACAUGAACUAGUAGAAGACAUCAAAUCUGUCUUAAAAUCAGAUGAAGAGCACAUGGAGGAAGCCAUCACCAGUGCCAGUUUCCUCGAGCAGGUCAUGACUCCUGCUCACGCAGCCAUAACAGGAGCACACACACUGCCUUUCAGGAGGCACCCGGGACUUUUACACUUGGAGAGCUGUGGAGAUGUAAGUACUUUUACUACAGCCGGAACCCGGAGGCUAGACAGGAAGACGCAGCGGAUGGAGUCAGAGCGACCUCACAGCCUCAUUGGAGUCGUCCGAGAAACAGUACUCUGAGAUCGGUUGCUUUUUGGUCCCUCGUGGAGUGCAAAGACCAGAGCAGGGAAGCAGUUGGAUAGAGGGAUCCUUAAUCUAUGCUUCUCAUUUACUGUAUUGCUGCUUUCGAAAGAGCAUUUGAGGAAAAAGUUGGAGUAAAUUACUUCAAAGAAAACCACGGUGCAUUAUAAAUAUAGCUCUGAAUCAGAAAAAAAGGAUAUUCAGGUGGAGUUAGGAUAUAUGAGGAUCAGCUCUGUAAAGAAGGAGUCUUCUUUAUCAAAACAAAUCAUUGUUUCUACAUAAACUUUGAUUGUUGUCCCUGGUAUGUGUGGGUUACAUUUUAAUGUUUUAUAUCUGAAAGGGAAUAUAAGAUAGUGAUAUAUUUACAGUAUAUGGAAUUGAAGUAUGUAUUCUCAUUCAUCCCUUUCCUUUUUAAUAAUGCACUACACAUUAUCAUAAUUUUUUUAAAAAAAGUAUGAAGAAGCUUUUAAAAUGAGUUUGACUUGUGGGGUGAACAGAGCUAUCACUUUACUGUGCUUAAAAGUGCUGCAUGAACCUUCAGCUUUCAUUUUUUAUCACUUCAGGUGCAAAAGUGCUUAAAAGCAGUAGGUCGUUCAGGUGUUCUGCUGCUGCUCCCAGCCCAUAAACUACUCAAUAAUCUUGAAAACAUGGAUUAAUAAAAUUCAGAGCAAUGAUACAUUUUUCCAGGACAGCUUUAUUACUAAAAUGAUGAUGGGAGAAUGAGCAAUCUUGUUCAAUGCAGAGGGCUGUGCAUGCUUCAGAAAUUAUUCAAGAGCUUCAGACUGGAAGAAAGUGAGGAAACAGUACAGAUGCUACUUAUUUAUACAUCCUGAAAAUAAAAUGCCAUUGAUUUUAAAAGUUAACUCAUAAUCAUCAGUCCAUUAAAGAGGUGGCCUCCUUUUUGGGGAUCAUGUAGAAGCCUGGAAAAAAAACUAGAUUGCAUUAAUGACUAUUCAAAAAUGCUGGGCUUUGGAAAGACUGAAGCACUUCUUGUGAAUCAUUUUUGAAGUGUGCAUUGCUUUCUAAAUGUUUUAUGGGAAUGAUUUUUUUUCUGUUUAAAACACACAGAUUAUAAAUUAUUUCUAGCUUUUUUUCUUUUCAUAAUUCGGCUUAAAUCAUUAGUAAGAAUCCAGAUGAGAAAAGAGAGGUUUUUCUCUCUCCCUAAAUCUUUGCUGAAACUUAAAAUACAUUCUGUACAUUUUAAAACACUUGUCUGUAAUGGAAGAAACUGGUGAUACCGGUAGGAUCCAUUGCUACAAAUUUUCAGGUUUUUACUUUCAGAUUGCUGAAAUUCUGAUAGUCCAACUCUUUUUUCCUCAAAUUAUUUGUCUUAAUUCAGAAAAUUAAUAAACUGUAUUUAAUUUUGAUUAAAAUUAUAAAUGAAAUAAACAUGUUCUGGUUUUCUUUUUCUUGACAUUGACAUGAAUUAUUCCAUUUUUUCCCGAAGUGUCACUAAUA